AAAAUGGCAGAAACCGCCCCAGCUGUUGCCGUCGCGCCGGCCAAAGCGCCCAAGAAAAAAUCCGCUGCAAAAGCUAAGAAAACCGGACCAAGCGUGGGUGACCUCAUCGUCAAAGCUGUUUCGGCUUCCAAGGAGAGGAGCGGUGUGUCUCUCGCUGCCCUGAAGAAAGCGCUCGUCGCCGGUGGCUACGACGUGGAGAAGAACAACUCCCGCGUCAAGAUCGCCAUCAAGAACCUGGUCACUAAAGGCACCCUGGUCCAGACCAAAGGCACCGGCGCUUCCGGCUCUUUUAAACUGAACAAAAAGCAGGCUGAGACCAAGGCAAAACCAGCGAAGAAAGCCGCUCCUAAAGCAAAGAAGCCCGCCGCUGCCAAGAAGCCCAAGACUGCAGCGACAAAGAAGACCGCCGCUAAGAAAUCUCCCAAGAAAGCAGCGAAGAAACCAGCCGCCACCGCCGCUAAAAAGGCAACAAAGAGCCCCAAGAAAGCAAAGAAGCCAGCGGCUCCUAAGAAAGCAGCGAAGAGCCCCAAAAAAGCGAAAGCUGCUAAACCCAAGACGGCAAAGCCCAAAGCAGCUAAGCCUAAAAAGGCAGCGCCCAAAAAGAAAUAG